AUGUCGGGUGAUACCGAUAAAGCAAAAAUCAGUGAUAAUCAGGAUGAAGAUAAGAAAUCUGCGGCAGACGAUGGCCACACUACAGAGGAUGAGUCCUCACAAGACUCAAAAGGUGAUGCUAAGUCCACUACAGCCAACGGCAAAGAUGACGAUGUAGGUGGAGAUGACUCCAAAGACGACAAAAGAGAUGCAAAGUCUGAUAGUGAUCUAAAAAAGGAAGAAAAUGGGGAGACCCACGAUGAUGAUGAAAAAGAUGACGUAAAGCCUAACGACAAGGGAGCGAAAAAGCCCGCCCCUAAAAAGAAGCCUAAGAAAGAGGACACUGAAGAAGAAGACGAGGAUGAAGAGGACGAGGAGGAGGAGGACGAAGAGGCCGACGAAGGAGACGAGGAGGAUGACAAAGAAGAUAAAAAGAAACCAGCUAAAGAAAAAGUAAAGAAACCGGCAAAGAAAGCCAAGAAAGACGACGACGAAGGAGACGAUGAAGAAGGAGAGGAAGAAGAGGACGAGGAGGAAGAAGAAGAAGAAGAGGAGGAGGAGGCACCCAAACCUAAGCCUAAAAAAGAGCCCACUGAACCGCCAGUUCCUCUCCCAGCUGGCAAAGGUAUUCCGUUGGGUCACAUUAGCAAUGUCGAAGUAUCACUAUCGCGGUUUAAGACACAAGAUCAAAAACUCCUUCAUCAGUAUUUAUAUGGGCAAUUAUGCCUGGAUCGCAAUGUGAAACGUAACAUCAAAAAGUUCAGAGGUUACGAGUGGGCUAUCGGCUCUUCAGAUUACAAAGCUAAAUUGGAGGAGACCACCAAAAUGGAAGCAAAACAAUUGCGCACAAUGUGCGAGAUGUUGGAUUUAGACAAGAGAGGUUCGAUGUCGGAGCUGGCGUCUCGGCUGGUGGGUUUCCUGCAGCAGCCCACGGCCAACUCGCCGCACGCGCGGGGUGUGGCGCGCGCCCCCCCUCCCGCGCCGCCCUCCUCGGCCGGGGGCCGCCCCCGCCGCUCCGCCGCCGUCAAGGUGCAUAACAGAGGCUACUCCGAUGAAGAAUACGAAACCGAUCCAGAGACGAAAGUCAAAGGGCCCAAACUCAACAAAGAUGGAUCAGAAGAUUCAGAUGGCUCGUUUAACCCGAGCGGCUCCGAGGAGGCUGACAGUGACUUCGACCCCGAGGCGGGCGAGGGCGCGGCGGGCCCGGGCCGCAAGCGCAAGUCUACCGGCCGCCGCCGCUCCUCCGCCAAACCCGCCGGGAAACGAGGACGGAAACCGAAAGGGAAAAAGGGAAGGCCGAGUAAAGGUGGCCGAGGUCGACGAGCGAAGUCAGACAGUGAAGAAGAAAGUGAAAAAUCUGAGAGUGAAAGCGAGAACGAGUCUGGAAGUGAAGGAGAGGAGUCUGAUGAGCCUAAAUCGAAGCGCGGAAGGCCUGCGGCGCCGGUAGCCAAGGGCCGCAAGGGCGUGGUGGCUAAGACCUCUAACGCUAAGGCCACACCUGUCAAGCGGAAAGCGCCUACACCCCCAGCCAAAAAGGGCAAAGCUGCACCUGCUAGCAAACCUGCUGCACGACCAGCCAAGAAGGGCAAAAAAGCUUCAUCAGAGGAAGAAUCUGGAGAAGGCAGUGAGGAAGAGGAUGAAGAGGAGGGUAGCGAGGAAGAGGAGGAGAGUGGUGAAGAGUCCGACUCUCCCGCUGACAAGAAAGCCAAGCGACCACCUACUGAUGACGAGAUAAAGAAGUACGUGAAGCAGAUCCUGGAAGGAGCAAACCUAGAGCAGAUUACGAUGAAGACCGUGUGCAAGCAAGUGUACAGCCACUACCCAGAGUUCGACCUUGCACACAAGAAGGACUUUAUCAAGGCAACAGUCAAGUCGUGUAUUUAA